GCUGCUUGUGAUGGUGAAGCGCUGGGGUCAAGGCGGUGUUUUCAAGUUGCAGCGAAGUGUGUUGGCGUUUCUGGCGGCGACUGAACCGGUUAAGGUCAAGAGUCUUCAUCUUGUGUCAAAGCAAAUCUUCCAGAGGAAAUACCAUGUCCCAGAAGAAGUGUAAAGAUGAUAAAGUCCAUGUUUCCAGCUCCUUUGAAUCAGAGGACAUCAGUUUAGAAACAACUGUGCCUACAGAUGAUGUUUCUUCAUCCGAAGAGAGAGAAGCUUCCACUAAAGUCACCAAACAGUUAAUCGAGCGGAAGGAGCUUCUUCACAACUUGCAGCUCCUAAAAAUUGAGUUGUCACAGAAAAAUCUAAUAAUUGACAAUCUGAAGGUCGAAUACCUCACAAAAAUAGAAGAUUUGGAGGAAAGACUAAAUGAUUCCCUUCACCAGAAGCAAUUGCUCCAGGUCCGUUUGGAAAACCAGCUGAAAGUUCAACAGGAUGAUGCAAGGAGACGUCAAGAUCUACGGAAACAAGAAAUGGAAGCUAUUUUAGAGAGACAGAAACAACUUGAAGAGACAAAUCAGCAGCUGCAGGAACGAGCAGGUGACAUUCGUCGCAGUUUGCGUGAUCUGGAACUGACUGAAGAGCAGUACUCAGAGUUGAAAAUUGGACCUGAAGACCAGCUUUCCAUUCCAGAAUAUGUAUCUGUACGGUUUUAUGAAGUCAUGCAACCUUUGAAAGAAGAGAUUGAGAAACUCCGACAAAAGAAAACCAGUCUUUUGGAAGAGAACAGUAGCCAGAAAAAUCAGUUGAACAGUAUGCUUGAGAGGUAUGAAUCUGAAAGGAGAACUCGCUCUGAUCUUGAAAUCCGUUGUCAGCGCCUUACAUUGGAGCUAGCAGACACUAAGCAACUUAUUCAACAGGCUGACUAUAAAAGAGAGAAUUAUGACCGGGUGAAGCAUGAGAGAGAUGCUCUGGAUCGGGAGGCAUCAGAACUCAGGAAAAAACUAGAAUUGCUUGAAGUCUCGCAUAAGACACAAACCAAGGAGAGAAAUGACUUGACCAAGGAGGUAGCAGCAUUGCAGCAAUCUGUUAGUUUGUUGCAAAAGGAUAAAGAAUAUUUGAAUCGCCAAAACAUGGAACUGAACGUUCGCUGUGCCCAUGAAGAAGACCGUAUAGAACGCCUUCAAACUCAUCUUGAGGAGGCAAAGCGAGCUAGGGAAGAAAUGUAUGAAAAAUAUGUGAUUUCAAGGGACCACUACAAAAAUGAAUAUGAGGAUAAGCUUCGUCGUGAAUUGGAGCAGAUCCGAGUGAAAACAGACCUGGAAAUUGAACAUCUUCGAAGUGGCUCCAAAGAAAUGUAUGAGAGGGAAAACAGGAAUUUAAGGGAAGCAAGAGACAAUGCUGUUGCAGAAAAGGACCGAGCUGUUGAAGCAGAAAAGGAUGCGCUAGCAAAAUGUGACCAACUUCUGGACCAGUUUAGGCAGAUGCAAGUCACCACAGAUAGUCGCAUAUCUGAACUCAUGAAUCAGACAAAGCUAAAAACGUUUGAGGCAGAGCGUGCUCAGUUGGUGCAAGAGGAAACUGCCAAGAAUCUCAAACAGUGUCAGGUGGAAUGUGAUAAGUACCAAAAGAAACUUGAGGUUUUAACAAAAGAAUUUUACAAACUGCAGUCAUCAGCAGAGAAACAUACUACAGAACUUCAAGCACAAAACGCUGAGCUUCAAGCACGAUUAGUGACCUAUGAGAAACUAGAACAAGAGCUGGAUGAUGUUAUAAUGCAAUCAGCAGAAAUGGAAAAUGAGGAUGAUGCAGAACGGGUUCUUUUCUCUUAUGGCUAUGGUGCUAAUGUUCCUACAACUGCAAAACGACGCCUUCAGCAGAGUGUUCAUCUAGCAAGAAGGUUGUUACAACUGGAAAAGCAAAAUUCACUCCUUCGAAGAGACUUAGAUUGUCAGAAGGUCCAUGCUCAUGAAUUAAGUCAAGAGCUUGCAAAUGCCAACACCUUGCUCAAUCAAGCACAGCAACCUUACAGCUAUCUUAUUGAGACUGUACGCCAGAGAGACACUCAGAUUCAGACCUAUAAAGAAAAACUUUCACAACUGGAGAAUGAAAUAUGUCAAUCAAAUAAAGAGAAAGCUGCUUUACUUCGCAUGAAAAACCAAAUGGCAGCAGAUCUAGAGAAACUCUUGAAUCAACGAGAGGAAUUGGCAGUAAUGAAGCAAGUUCUGAUAAAUUUGCACAACAAGCAGCAUGGUGAUGGCUUACCAGUUUCUCGUGACGAUCUCAAAAGUAAUCCUAUUGCCCAAGCAACAAAAUUGUCUCUGAGCAUUCCCCCACAUGAGGAUGAAAAUGUCUACAAACCAAAACCAACUAUUUUUACAAACCGAGAGUGUCCUGCUUGGUACAAAAAAUUGAAGCAGAAGAAUACUUGAUAUUUUUGAAAUGUGUAAAGGACCCACCUGGAUUCUGUACUUCCUCAUCCUAUUCAUUUUCAUUAGCCUGACAAUGCAACUGAAGUUGCAGUUUUUCCAAUUCAAGUGCUGUGAUUCUCCUUCUAAACCUAUUGUUGGUGAACUACUUGAGAUGCAGUUUCACUACAACUGUUGGUGUAAAGCUUACUGCUGUGUUGAUAAUGUAAAUGCAAUCUGAAUCUACAAUCAAGUCCUGACCUGGAACCAAUGCAAAACAGAGUGAGCCUCCUGGAGUAAGGGAUCGUUUUGUACUUCAGUUGGCCCAAGGAUUAAAACCCUGUUUACACUGCAAAAAUUAGCAUCAGUGUAAUGCUUAACUACUUUGCACUAAUACCAAACUUACAGUGUAAAUACAACUUAUCAGACAACUGAAAGGAAAGGUAGGUUUGCAUAGAUGUCAAUGUUAUCAACAUACAGUAAUUUGUUUUAUUGCUGUGAUGGGUAUCCAUGUUAUAUGUUUGA